AUGGCAAGCUUAAUAUGGUUACGCGUGGCGGUUUUGGCCAUUUUACUGGCCUUAGUUGCGGCAGGAAAUGAUACUACAUCCCUAAUGCUGAAGUCCAACUCCGGGAACAGAGGCGUGACCUACAUGCACGAGAAGAUCCAUCUGCUCCAUCGCCAGAAGCGCUGGCUCACCUUUGAACUGGGAUCCGCUAUCACGUUCACUGCCAAUAGCGCAAAGGCGGUUCUGGACACGAUUCCUAGGGGACUGCUGUGGCUGGCAGAGAUUACGAGUCUUUACGAACUUCCCGCUGCCAUUGAAGAUUGGAUACCCAGGCGUGUGGGCAAACCGAAGGUGAUACCACCACCUCCACCUCCACCACCGCCACCGCCUCCUCCUCCGCCACCUCCGCCGCCACCACCAGCACCACCGGCGCCACCUGGUGCUCCUGUUUAUCCCAAUUCCCUUCCAGCGCAACCCGUGAUUGUGCCGCUGAAUCCCGCUGAUCCCAUACAGUCCUUCUACUUCGCCUACCCGCAAGGCAUACCCACCCUGAGUCGCCGCAAAUCCUAUUCGCAGCAGAUGCAGCUGGGAUGUCCAGCCUCGCAUCUGGUCAAGGAUAUGUACGGCACCUACUACUGCCGACCAUCGGCGAUGUCGCGCCGGUUGAGAAGGGAACUGGAGAGCCAGGGAAGACGGGUGAUCAAUGAGGCACAGAAUCCGAACGGCAUGCUCUUCGAUCUGGUAUCCAUGAUGGCCACCAUGUUUAAUUACCAACCCAACUACUGUGUGAUGCGAACCCUGUGCGAGGCACGUCAUCUGCUGGCUCCGCCGGGCUUGACGCUCUUCCACGACAUCUUCCGCAUCAUGCUGCGCUACGUGCAUCCGGAGAUUGCCCACAAGCCCAAGUACCGGGAGGCCUUCACCGCCGGCCACUCGCUCCACAAAUGCGCCAGUUUGUAUGGCCCACAUUGCCGGCAGAGUUUUUUGCUGCUCAUCAGCGAGCGAUUCCAGGAGAAAUACGCACGUUGA